CGCAUCGCCAACGCCUACUCCGCGAUAAGAGUGAUCACUUCUCCUAUCCCACACCCCUUUCCUGCCGAAAGAUGGGCAGCGAUGACACGCUUGGUAAAGUAAAGGAUCCGCUUGUGGCAGCUGUGCAAUGGCUGAAGACGAGACCAGCCAAGACUAAGGUUGCUCUCGGUGGCCUUGGAGCGGUGUUGCUACUGCUUAUCCUUUGGCGGACUAUCAAGGACCAUGAUACGUUAUUUGUGCUUGCUGAAAUGGCGCAUUUCAUCGGGAUUGGCGUCCUUGGAUACAAGCUCCAAAAGAAGAAGUCGGUCGCGGGUCUGUCGCUACAGACGCAGCUGCUAACCGCCACGUUUUUGGCUGUGCGGCUCUUCUGCAGCUUUAUGAUGGAAUACGACAUUCACACGGUCUUGGACGGGCUGACUCUGCUGGCCACCCUGGGUGUGGUGUUUUGCAUGUUGUUCACGGAGAUGAAAGCCAGCUACCAGAAGGAACAGGACGUCAUCAAAUUCUAUUACGUACUGGGUCCCUGUGCGCUGCUGGCGUUCAUCGCGAAGCCCUCCACCUCUCACUACUACCUGUUCCGGGUGUUUUGGGCCUUCUGUGUCUACCUGGAGGCGGUGUCCGUAUUCCCGCAGCUGCGAAUGAUGCAGAAAGCCAAGGUGGUGGAGCGCUUCACUGCGCACUACGUGUUCGCUCUGGGGCUGUCUCGCUUCCUCAGCUGCGCGCACUGGAUCUUACAGAUCCUGGAGGGUAACAAGUACCUGCUACAGGCGCUGGGCAGCGGGCUGUGGCCCAUCAUGGUUCUGGCUUCUGAGGUGGUGCAAACCUUCAUCCUUGCAGAUUUCUGCUACUAUUAUGUCAAAUCUUACGCGGAGGGCUCCGGGAUAGUACGUCUGCCCGCCGGCAUCGUCUGAGCCAACCUCGCCGACGGCAAACCUUGAUGUUAGAGAGCACAUGUGCUGUGCUGUGCUUCGCAAUGCGGUGCAUGCAGUAGGGCCACGCGAUGUGCGAGAAGGCAGGUGCGGCACGCGUUAUAUGUUUUCUAGGGCUCACGUGUGUGGUGCGUUCCCUACCGCUGCAGAUGGGGUGUGGGUUUGGAGUUGAUGGUAGAGGUUGUUUGCCUGGUUUCUGGUGGUUUUGGCGUGGCCAGCUGCCAGGCUGUUUGCUUGCAGUGUGGUGUGGCGGCGCAUUGGGAGGGUGAAGGUUAUGGAGGCCGUGUUGUUGAGGCAGUGAUCCUGCAGGCCCUGUGUGCGUGGCGUUGUGGUCGGUUGCCGGGAGGGUUCGUUGCCACAGGUCACGAGUUGCGGCUGAACAAAAUAGGCAGAGCGGGUCACUGGCUGUCGAGUGAAUGUAGUAUAAAGCUCGCGAGUGUGUUUGACGAUGUCGCCCUGUGGUAUAGAUCAGGUUGGAUUACAGAUAGGUGCGUGUCUGAAUGGGGCCGACCUACAAGCCAAUGUAGGAAAAUGAAGCAAGCUAACUGUGUAGCACCUUAUGCAGCAGCCACCGGUGCGCAGUCUCAUAAGUUGGUAGGCAGAGAUAAGACGCCUCAGCCACUGGAAUAUAGCUUGUGUCCUCCACAUACAACAGAAGCGGCGGAUGGGAGCCCCUCCGAUGAUGCAGGCGUGACAUAUAGACGUGGGCACCGUGCAAUCAGAGAUUAUAUAUCUUCAUUAAAUCCCAUUUUCCUGUCACGCACGCAAGGUAGCUGAAAACCUAGCAUAAUUGCGCACGUACUCAUAAUUGCCCUGUCCUCCAUGCGCUGCAUGAACAUCCUUUAGAAGAGCAUGAUGCAAAAUGCUUUUGCCAAACCACCAUUCUGCCGAACCACUUUUGUAUUACCAAAUCUCCGUCUCAUGGGUCUACAAGUCCAUAACCUUAUUAGUUCCACCAUUGCAUGCACGGGCCUAAGUAUUGGACAACGCGCCGCAUCGCUAACGACCGUAGCAGCAUAAGCACACAGCAUAACCCACCGUCUUUGCAGCUCAGACCAUCUUCGCGGUACGUUGAUUAUGUUUCCGGAACUCUGGACGAGUACACACCAUGCCAGCCGCCGCUCAUGCACGUUCACAGCAAAGAAAAGGCAACACAGCAACCCCCAAAUGCACGCGGAAUCGCGCGGUCGUAGAGACUUUCUCACACGAGGCACGCACACAGAAAUCCUGAGAUCGGCCUCCUGAGUUGGCAGAGAUAGGGACGAUAUGUAAGACAGCACUUGAAGAGCAUCAAGAUGCCGCAUUCGGCACGGAACACCAAUUUAAGAUACGGACAAUUCCAUCGCUUAUGCCAUUUAACCUCCAUGCAAAAGGACCGAAGCGAGAAGCGGAUUAAUGGAUUGCUUUCCCGGCGCGCCUAUCAAAGUACGUACUUUC